UGUCUGUCUAUCUACCUAUCUAUCUAUCAAUCUAUUUAUUUAUCUAUCUAUCUACAUUUAUCUAUCUAUCUAUCUAUCUAAUAUGUGUAUCUAUCUAUCUAAUGUGUGUGUGUGCGUGUGUGUGUGUGUGUGUGUGUGUGUGUGUGUGUGUGUGUGUGUGUGUGUGUGUGUGUUUGUGUGUAAGCAUCAAGGACACAGUUUGCUACAGUCUUGAGAAACAACACAAAAUCUUGGUAACUGUCUCCAUCUCGACUCUCACUUUCACCUGCCUGGUUUCCUCGCAGCAGUGUGGAGCGGUUCGUGGUGCCGUCCGGGUGCCGGGUUAUCGGUUGUCGUGUGGCAGAACGCGUCCUCACUUAACAAACUCGCACGCGCUUGAGUUGCACCAUUAGCGUUGUGCAACAUGAAGUUAUAGUGCAGUGCUUUAACGGAUGUUUUUGUUUAGAGACACGUUUAUUGAUAAUUCAAGACGUUUACAAUCCACUGUGCUCAUAAAAAAAUAUACAAAUGCAGUGUCCUCUUAUCAUCCUCGCGGUGUCAUGUGUGGCUAUGGGACAGGCGCCUCUGCCCCUCCUGACGAGGCUGCUCCAACCCACAUUUUUCACCGCCGCCUCCACCCCGUCACAUGUGGACUUACAUGGCACGCUCAAGUUAACUCCACCGCCCCCUCCAGAGCAGCCUGAGUUUCAGCCAUCACCUCAGUUCAUUCUCCCUACUACUCGUAGUUCUGAGCCGCGCAGCCUCACGCCAGCAUCACUCAUAGGGUUCAAUGUAACUACCUUCACUCCAGCUCCAGCUUCCUCACUCCUUCAUUCUCCCACCACUAUCAAGUUUACGCUGGACGAUGUUUCGGCAUAUUUCCACCCUCAGCUUAUCCCUCCACUGGACAAUCUAAAACUAUCAGAGGGCUCACUCAGUCACGGCUCUUCCGCUCAUGUACCGGAGUCCCCAUCUGAGGAAGUGACAGAAGAGGACGGUGAAGGGGACAGUGUCUUCUUGGCCACAGUGAUCGAUGAAGAGCCUGCACAGUAUCAGUGGAUAGUGGCGUCCGGAGAGCAGGAUCCAUCACCGCCAGACGCGCAGCGGAUAAGCGACUCCAAGAUGACUGAGGGAGAAGACUUUGAGGACCCAGUCGCGGUGAGCACCGAAAGUGCAGACACAGUUUUCCUACCGUCAUUUUCUUUCCCUUUCCUCACAGAACACAAUGAGGAGCCCGCCACGCAGACCCCGGUGGAGGCAGAGAGAUUGGUGGCCGCCGCCUCCAACUUGCAGUCUGAGCCUCUCCAACUCGCAGAGUCAAGUUUCAAUUUCUUUGCUGUAAAGCCAGUUAAUGGUAAAGCUGAAGAAAAUUCUGAGGACAAAACAUUUCUCCAGGGAAUAAAGACUAAUAGACCUUUGAGCAAGACUCCCGUUCCUCAGAUUGUUGACUUGGGAGAGGAGACAGAAAAUUCCGUAGAGGAUGAAAGGGUGAAUGAGUCACAGUCAGCAAGAAGAGUUUUACAAUUUGACCAAGAAUUUCUCGCUCUCUUAAAACGUUACCAUGAGCAAGACAAGGAAACGAACAAAACUAUUCCGCCCUCUCCCGACAGCAAACCUUUCUGGCUUGACGAGGAUCCAGUAAAUAAAGCAGACUUGGCAGAGCGCCUCAAGAGUGUGCUGCCUACCCCUCUUUUCUCCACUUCUAAACCCUCCCAGGCGCCCAACACGAAGGUAGACGUGAUAGAAAAGCUUCAGAGUGAACUUCCCACUACAUUUUUCUCCUCUUUUAAGACUUCCCAAGCACCCAAAACAAAGACAGACUUGACAGAACGCCUUAAAAGUGAGCUGGCUACCACCCUGUUCUCCACUUUCAAGCCCUCCCAGGCACCUAAAACGGACAAAAGUUCUGGUGGGGUUUUCACUACGUCCCUGCGAGGUCUCAUUUCAACGACAGGCAGUGAUGUGGAGUUAGAAGCAACGGAUAAAACUUCCGAGGGUCCCAAAGUGGUUCCGGUCGGGGAGGUGGGCGAGGUGCUUCACGAGGAGCAGGAGGCAGGGCAGGGUUCAGAGGCGCCUCUCUCUGCCGCCUUCAGACACGGUGUCCAAAGCAUCAACGUGAGCGCUUGGGUGUCCGGCUGCCCCAAACUGUAUGGCAAGGUGAAGCUGAACUGCGCCGUGCACCACGACUCCCCUGCCAAGGCUGUCAUGAAUCUGAGAUGGAAGAAGAAGACCUUUGCCGAGGGCCACGUAGCGGAGCAAGUGAUCACCGAGGACAACUUGGUGAUGAUGGAGGACCCUCGCCUGUCCCUGGACCGUCACGCGGGGCAUUACAACCUGGACAUAAAGGACUUCCGCGCCAAGGACUGCGGCAGCUACGAGUGUGAGGUUCGGGCAGCGGAUACCCUCGCGGCGUCUCAGUUGCUGCUCUUCACCUGCCACUGAGGCAAAGGGAUUUCAUGGCUAGGUAAUGCGUGCUGCAGUCGCUGCAGGCUAAGCUGAUCUAGAAACCACUCCAUCCGACUCGCAGGCUCGUAUUCUGAAACGUUUUGCUCCCUCACUACGACUAUUUUUAUAGGCCACAGAGAUAAUUAGCAGGGUUCUCAAGAGUUUCUCCUGUGAAUAAUGCAGAAAUCUUGUUGAUCUGUCACAGGAACCAUAAAAACACCGUUAAAAACUCGUGAAACUUCAACUAGAGCGUUUCGAAUAUCGUGGGAGUGCAGCGCAGAAGCGUUUCAGAAUAGUCCCUUCACACGCCACUUGUGCAAGUCAACAGUUAUAUAGAUGAGUUUAUGGUAAUUUGUUUAGUUACAUAUUUCCACAUUUUGGUGAGGUGGUAAUACUUUGCUAUCUUUACUGAUUUCCUAUUUUUAUUUUUGACAAUCAUUAAGGCAAAGCUAGAUGAUAAGGUGACUCAAAGCAUAUAUGAUAGAAAAAAAAAAAAAAGUAAGGGGAGUGGUUAGAACUGUAUGAGAUCAAUCAGCUGCCUUGCUGAAACGAGGGAUAAGUCACCGAGGCACUUCUAGAUCAUCUCAUCCCGCAGCGAGUACAGUGUAUACAUGAAUCAGGAGUAAUAGAGGGGUACGUAACAUUAGCAAUUUGACUGCUAUGAAUUCUCAAGUUAAAUCAAAUGUUGUUAUUCUCAAGUUAAAUAAAAUGUUGUUAUAAAUUUAGAACAAAGGUAAUUAAAAAAAGAAACACAUCACUGACAACAAAGCAAGUGAAUACAGUUAAUUCGAAUGUUGAAACAUCUCGUCUUAUUUUGGGUCUGUAAAAUUUAUAUAAUAAGUGUGCCAUUAGCAGCUAAAGUUAAUCUAUAAAAACACGUUAGGUGAAAAUGAAAACAAUGAGAUCCGCAUUUUGAUAAAUUUUGGGCUCUCAUUAGGAUUAUCUUCAAAGGCCGUAGAAAUAAUUAUAGUCACGUUAUCAUGGGUGUCUUUGCCAGUGAUGCGGAAUCUUUGGUGAUCUAAUCACUAGCAUCCUGAUAACACCUAGAAAGCCUUAAUAGCUCUCAUUAUAAUUUAAGAAUAGUUGGGACAAGACUCCAAAAUGUUUGAGAAUACGAGAUAACGCCAGUGUUGGAGAAUACUGUUCCUGUCUGAUGUGCGUUCUUUGUAGGCCAAGCAUGUAAUGAAAAUGUCUGGCAGUGUUUCCUUAUUCAGUUAUUGUUAUUUUUCAUUAUUAUCAUCACCAUUAUUAUAUACAAUUGCAGCUACAACUACUACGGUUUCCACUAAUACUAAUUGGUGGAUGGAAAUCUUUAAAAAUACGCCUCGUGUUCUCUGCAUGCACCGAAAGGUUCCUACAAAGGACACAUGCAGAGGGCUGAGAAUUCAUCCCAAGAAAACUUUUUUGUUUCCAUUAAUCAAAAGAAUUUCAGAAAUUGUAUAUUUGUCUUUUGUUAUUCAUUGCAUUUUCUUCUGGUUCCAUUGCGUACAGAGUAAAUUGAAACUGCAUACAAAUGUCCUGUAAUGUAUAACAAUGAUAAUGAUGGUAAUGGUAGUAAAACUAAUAAUAUCAACAAUGAUAAUGUAGUAGUAGUAAUAGUAGGAGGAGGAGGAGGAGGAAGAGCAGUAGUGGUAGUAGUUGUACUACUAGUUGUAGUAUGUUGUAAUAGUAACAGCAACUGCUGGAUGUGUGUGUGUGUGUGUGUGUGUGUGUGUGUGUGUGUCACAUUAACCGGUUAUCAAAAUUCACUUCUCUCCGUGUACAUUGUGAACCGCAUGUUGAUAAUUGUAUGGUGAAUUGUUUAUAUCCUUACUUACUGUGUAUAUUUUGUCAACCUGCUUACUGACUGAGAGGUGACCUGCCAGGAGGUUCACCCGCUGCGUGGGCAGAACGAUCACAAAGAAGGAAUAUGGCUUACAUGUGAAGAUUUACUUAGCAUCUUUCCCCAGUUAUUUAAUUAGUUAGGUGAAUAUGUAAAGAUAAAUGAAAACAAAUAAAUAUGAAAA